AUUUUUCUGAGAACUAAUUUUGACACAUUUGCAAAUGGCCGGCUUGUUGGUGUUAACAUUUUUUCGUCUAUUAAUAAGUUUUCUUUGUGUAAGAUUUAUGUAAGAAUUUAUAACAUUGCGAAGAACAGGUGUCUUUGACAUGCUAGGAAUUUUGUUUUAAACAACAAUGAUUACUUGUGUAUUUUGUAAAACUCAAUACGAGAAAGGAAGUGGGAUUUCAUUGCACAAGUUUCCAAAAGGGGGGGCAUUAAAACGGUGGCUAAAUAAUAUGAAACUUGAUAACUUUAUUCCUACAGAUAAUGAUCGUCUAUGUUCCAAACAUUUCACUGCAGAGUGUUUUUCUAAACAUAAGACUCGCACAACAUUGAACCGUAGUAGCAUACCAACAAUAUUUGAUUCUAAAAUGAAGCUUACUUCCAGUGCAUCGUCUCAAAAAGAGGAUUCUAUGAAGGAUGGUGAUACUCGGAAAAGCUGUAAGGCACAACGCUCAAAAAACAAAAGACUACAAAAGCUGAAAAGCCAAGGAGCUAACACAACAUCCAACCCAAUAGAAGACCCCUUGGACGAAUUUGGUUUACGUAGGCCAAUAAAAAUAGAGAUUGAAGAAAAACUUAAUACUUCUUGUUCAUGUCUGAUGACAAACUGCAAUGCAAACCAGGAUGGUAUUCCAGUGAAGGGUAUAAGUCACGUGUGGGGUACAGUCAAACAUGAUCAUUGUUAUCAAACAGACAAUCCUACAUUAUCAAAAAAGGCAAAGGAAGAAUUACAAAAUAAUUUGAAGAUUGCACGAUAUCGUAUAAAAGUUUUAUCACAACAUGUAAAACGAUUGAGAAACAAAAUCACUAGUUUAAAAGAUACAAAUAAACAAUUAAGAAAAAGAAAAGUAAUCGGUGAUGCUUUUGUUGAUAUGUUAAAAGAUGGUGACGAUGUGAAGCCACAGCUGUUUAAACGGAUGUUUUUAAAUGCUGAUAAAAAUGUAAGCCAUGCCGGAUAUCCAAAAGAAUUAAAAUCUUUUUCAAUAACACUAUAUGCUCUUUCACCACAAGCAUAUGCUUAUGUCAGGAAAAAGUUCAAUCUAGCAUUACCACAUCCACGUAUGAUACGUGCAUGGCGAAGUGCUUUAAAUCAGAAAUCUGAACAUCCAGUUGAAAAUAUUAACAGUGUUAAUGCCAACAACCCAGCUGGCACUUCAGGUGAAGAUGGCUUGAAACAUACCAUCAUGAUCCGUACCGCUGACUCCCCUUACGAGUUUAAUUCAGUUCAAGAUGGAAUGGAACAUGUUAACAGUGACACUGAAACACCCUGUAUAUUAGCUUUAGUACAAGAUGAAAUGGAACAUGUUAACAGUGGAAAUGAAUCACCGAGUGAAUCUGCUUUACCCGAAGAUGAAAUGGAACAUGUUAAUACUGCCAACGAAUCACCCAGUGAAUCUGCUUUACCCGAAGAUGAAAUGGAACAUGUUAAUGGAGACAAUGAAACACCCUGUGAAAUCACUCUAAUAGAAGAUGGAAUGGAGGAUGGAAUGGAAGAUGAGUAUGGUGCAAUUGAAUUACCCUAUAGAUUUACUUUAAUACGAAAUGAAAGAGAACAUGUUGACAAUGACACUGAAAUGCCCUGUAAAUUUACCUUAGUUCAAAAUGGCAUGGAACGUGUUAAUGCCACAAACAAACGUAAAAAAACAACCAAGCAAAAGAAUAAGAAGAAAAAUGAUUUAAACUUCAAAGUUGGAACAAGAAAACCCACCACAAGCAGGAAACCUAGAAGACGGGCGUGGGACUGA